CGCGGCCUCCCCUCCUCCUCCCCCCCGGAGUCUGCGCACUGGGCUCCGGGCUCUCUCAGCGGUCAGUACCGGGCAGCGGGCGUGAUGAUCCCCGGGCAGGUUGCAGACUAGUCCCGGCAUGGGAGCUGUGGGGCCGCGGACACUGAGGAUGACGGCUCCGCUCCACCUCGUCCUGCACCUCAGCCUGUUCAGCCUCGUCACCAAGAGUCUGGGCACCGACACCGAGGAGCGGCUGGUGGAAUUCCUCCUGGACUCAUCACGGUACAACAAGCUGAUCCGACCGGCGACCAACGGCUCCGAACAGGUCACCGUCCAACUGAUGGUAUCCCUGGCCCAACUGAUCAGCGUGCAUGAACGGGAGCAGAUAAUGACGACAAAUGUUUGGCUGACUCAGGAAUGGGAGGACUACCGGCUGACCUGGAACCCCGAGGAGUUCGACCACAUGAAGAAGGUGCGGCUGCCCUCGAAACAUAUCUGGCUGCCGGACGUCGUCCUGUACAACAAUCACCUCGCUGGCCAUCCUGGUCUUCUACCUGCCCUCUGACUGCGGCGAGAAGAUGACCCUCUGCAUCUCCGUGCUGCUGGCCCUCACCGUCUUCCUGCUGCUCAUCUCCAAGAUAGUGCCCCCCACCUCCUUGGACGUCCCCCUGGUCGGCAAAUACCUGAUGUUUACCAUGGUCCUGGUCACCUUCUCCAUCGUCACCAGCGUCUGCGUCCUCAAUGUCCACCACCGCUCGCCCACCACGCACACCAUGCCGCCCUGGGUUAAGGUGGUCUUCCUGGAUAAGCUGCCCACCCUGCUAUUCAUGAAGCAGCCCAGGCAAAACUGCGCCCGCCAACGCCUGCGCCAGCAGAGGCAGGGCCAGGAGAGGGCGACGGGGAGCUUCUUCCUGCGGGACAACACCAAAUCCUGCACCUGUUAUGUCAACCAGGCCACAGUGAAGAAAUACGGUGCCGGGCAGCUGCCGGAACUACCCGAAGGGGUGAACGGAUUCCGGGACAGACAGGGGAAGUUACGACAGUGUCUGUGCGGGCUGGAGGAGGCGGUGGACGGAGUACGCUUCAUAGCGGAUCACAUGAAGAGCGAGGAUGACGAUCAGAGCGUGAGUGAGGACUGGAAGUACGUGGCGAUGGUGAUCGAUCGUCUCUUCCUCUGGAUCUUCAUCUUCGUCUGUGUGUUCGGCACCAUCGGGAUGUUCCUUCAGCCGCUCUUCCAGAACUACACGUCCAACACAUUAUUACAGCUCAACCACGCGGCCCCCGCUUCUAAUUGAAGUUGCAGGAGGGCGCGGCCCCCGCUUCUAAUUGAAGUUGCAGGAGGGCGCGGCCCCCGCUUCUAAUUGAAGUUGCAGGAGGGCGCGGCCCCCGCUUCUAAUUGAAGUUGCAGGAGGGCGCUGCCCCCGCUUCUAAUUGAAGUUGCAGGUGGGCGCGGCCCCCGCUUCUAAUUGAAGUUUCAGGAGGGCGCGGCCCCCGCUUCUAAUUGAAGUUGCAGGUGGGCGCGGCCCCCGCUUCUAAUUGAAGUUGCAGGUGGGCGCGGCCCCCGCUUCUAAUUGAAGUUGCAGGAGGGCGCGGCCCCCGCUUCUAAUUGAAGUUGCAGGAGGGCGCGGCCCCCGCUUCUAAUUGAAGUUGCAGGAGGGCGCGGGCCCCGAAUCGCCGCCCGAAGAGAACUUUUAUUUAUUAGGAAUGAACCAGACUGAUGCUCUUCCAGCCAAACCCGCAGGGCACCCCUUUAACCCUGGGCCGGGCGUCUCCCCUGUCACCACUUAUUGUAGGUUUUCUGCCAAGGACGGACCCUUCACAGACUGAAGACGACUCCCGGUACAUCCCGAAAGUGUCAGGGGGGAGGGGCCGUAAUGGUGACAUCACUUCUAUCUCCGAGCAAUAAAACACAAAGAGGGUAAAGCUGCCCCCCAGUGUCUGUGCUGCUGCUGCUUGUAAUGGGGCUCACAACUUAUGCUUGUUGUCAGUGAAUGGAACCAUUCUUAACCCGUACAGGUACGUCCUUGUGUCCUGGUAUUAAAAGGGUUCUCUGCCCCUAUACAUCUUAUUCCCUAUCCAAAGGAUAGGGCAUAAGAGGUCUGAUCGCGGGGGUCCCGCCACUGAGGACCCUCGUGAUUUCCCUGCUGCACCCAGUGUGUGUUUAGAGAAUCAAGUGCUGUACCGGAGGUUCGUGCAAUCAUGGCCACGCCCCCUCAAUGCAAGUCUAUGGAAGGGGGCAUGACUGCAGUCAAACCCCCUCCCAUAGACUUGCAUUGAGGGGGCGUGGCUUGACAUCACGAAGGGGUGUGGCCAUGAUGUCACGACCCCUGCACCCAGCGUUCGGAACUAAAUGUUCCCUUUAACCCCUUAAAGAAGCACUACAAGAAUUAUUUUAUUAUUUAUAUAUAGCGUAACAUAGUUUAUUAUUAGGGAAUAAUGUAGAGGUUCUUGUGAACACCUUGUACUUACCUGUUUGAGCUGAUAUGGCAGGCAUGGGGAUUUUUUCAGCCAUACUAGUUUUAUUCAUUAAAGGAGAUAUCCCCUAUCCUUAGGAUAACGGAAAAGUUUUUCACCACUGGAUAACUUUUAGUUUGCGGGGGGGUCCGACCGCUGGGGCCCCCCCCACAAUCUCUU